UUUGGCAGUAGUGCAGAACACUGUCAGCAGUCUCUGUUGUUUAAAUGCCCUUUAUGCCCAUUUCAGCAGCAUUUUUCUGAAUCUGUUGUCUUCUGCCAUCUUAGAAGGCAUUUAAGAAAUCAUGAAACAGUGGCUUGCCCAUAUAAGGAUUGCAGCUUUACCACUAAUGUGUACUCUACAUUCAAUUCUCAUAAAAGUAGAUCACACCAAGCAAGUGUUUCGUCAGACUUUAAAAAUGACAUUGUCAGUGAAGUUGCUCAACCCAGUAUUCCUGCAGUUGAUGGUGAUUUGAAUGAAGAACCUUCAGGUAUAGAUGAGGAUCCAUUGGGGGAUGAUGGUGUGUGUGACACUGACAAACUAAAACAAGAUCUCAGAAUGAAUUUAUCUUCCUUAUUUCUAAAGAUGCAGGCAAUCCUCCAUGUCUCAAACACAGCUACCCAGGAAAUAGUGGAGCAUUUAAAUCAGGUCUGCUUCUUAUCGCAGCCUUUGAUCAAGAAGGAAAUUCAAGAUAUAUUGCAGAGAAAUGGUUGCAAUUUGGCAGAAUCUGCACUGGAUGAGGUUGUAAGUGGAGUUAUGGACUCUAAUGUUAUAUUUACUAGUACUUCUAAUUGUGCAGAGUUAUCCACAUCGAAGCGCAGAAAAAUCUUUUUUGAGCACAACUAUCCAUGUGUAAUGCCAAUUGAGUAUCAGCUGGAGCAACUUGGACAUUCCAUAAUGUAUGUUCCUAUCCUUCGAAUGAUUCAGGAGUUGUUUAAGAACACAGACAUUCUAAAAAUAAUUACUGAUCCAAAUACCAAUUCUGGUCAAUAUGCAUCAUGUUGCAAUGGCUCUUAUUUCCUUGAAAAUGAAUUAUUUUCAACCGGUGAUCUCAUUUUACCCCUCCAGCUAUAUAUUGAUGAUCUUGAAAUUGCCAACCCACUUGGCACAUCACGUAAAAUUCACAAACUUUGUGCUGUUUACUGGGCAUUUGCCAAUAUGCCACCAAAACACAGAUCAACUUUACACAAUAUACAGCUAGCAUUGCUUGCAAAAGUGACAGACAUCCAUAAGCAUGGGUAUGCAGCUGUACUUGCUCCAUUAUUACGUGAUGUUCAUAUUCUUGAACAGGAUGGUGUCUUUAUUGAAAGAGCUGGUCGCAAUGUCAAAGGUACCAUCUUUUGUGUUUCUGCUGACAAUCUAGCCGCCCAUGGAUUAAGUGGCUUUGUGGAGUCAUUUAAAGAAGGCUAUGUUUGCAGAUUCUGCUUGGCCACAAGAGAACAGUUUAAAGCAACUGAAGCCAGGCAGUUUUCUCAAAGAACCAAAGACAGCCAUGACCUUCAUGUACAAAACCUUCUGGAAAGUGACACUUGCUCCAACCACUUUGGUGUUAAAGCUAGUUGUGUCUUGCGUGACUCCCUGGAUUACUUUCAUCCAAUCACAGGCUUUCCUCCAGAUGUACUUCAUGAUCUUCUGGAAGGAAUAGUUCCUGUGGAGCUUUCUCUCUGCAUUAAGACUAUGAUCCGGAUGAAGUACUUCACUUUAGAGUAUUUGAACCAAAAGAUUGCAUCAUUCCCAUAUCAGCACACUGAUAAAGUGGAUAGACCUCAUCCAAUUCCCAAAACAUUUUUGUCUCGAGGAACGAUAGGAGGGAAUGGACAUGAAAAUGCUACUCUGCUCCGACUGCUUCCAUUACUUGUAGGCAGUGUAGUACCAGAAGGUGAUGGUGCAUGGACAGUUUUGAUGGAACUGAAAGAGGUAGUGCAGUUAGCAUUAUGCCCAUCAUUUACUGAUGAAACCUUAGACUAUUUUCAGUCCAAAAUCAGUGAUCAUAAGCAAGUACUUCUGCAAACGUUCCCAGAGUUUAACCUUCGUCCUAAACAUCACUACGUGGAGCAUUACCCCACCAUGAUCAAGUGCUUUGGGCCCCUGGUGCAUGUUUGGACAAUGCGAUUUGAGGCCAAACACCGUUUUUUUAAACGAGUGGUGCAUGACGCUCAAAACUUCAAAAAUAUUUUGAAGACAAUGGCAGUCAGACACCAACACAUGAUGGCAUACCAUCUUGCUGCCCCUUCAUUUUUCAACCCUGAAACACAAGCGUCCAGUGUUGACUCUGUUCUGGUUUCAGCUCUACCAGAAGUAGCUCAGCUACACAUCAGAAGACUAACAACUAGUGACACAAUAUACCAGACAUCAAAGGUUACCAUCAAUGGCACAGACUAUGUCUGUGGAAUGUUUUUGUCUGUCGGAGAGAGUGGUGGACUACCUAGGUUUUGCAGAGUAGAACACAUUUACCUUGUCAAUAGCACCAUUUCAUUCCUUUGUUCUGAUUGUGAGUCCUGGUUUUCAGAACAUCUUGGAUCCUAUGAGCUCUCACCUUCACAGACAAGUCUGUCAAUCCACCUAAGGUCUGACUUAAACGAUUCAGUCCCUCUCUCUGCAUACGAGGUAGAAGGCUCGCUUCUGUUGACACCCAAGAGAUUCAUACAAAUAAAACAAGCCAGUGCAUAAUGGCAGCUUUAUCUCCACAAGCCAUGAUCCUUCGUGUUGUUGAGCCAGACCGGGCUAGAAAAUUAAAACUUAGUUCACGACCAGCCUCUGUUGAUGCACUGAUUGCUGUUAUAAAAGAACAGCUGGAAAUAGACCUUGACUUCAGUUUAAAAUAUGAAGACCCUGACUUUGAUGGAAAACUUACUUCCCUCUCUGACAUUGAUGAGUUGCCACAGAAAGCUGUUGUGCAUGUGUCAUUUGAGCAAGAUUCCAGCUCUGUUGCAUCAACAGAAACAAUGUCAAGUGUAUCAUCCUCAGAACGUGGGAGAAGAUGGCCUUCACAUAUUUUUCCAAUUCCCACAUUUUCUUUUGACGUUGAACUGAGACUUCGGGAAGGUAAUGCCGAAUUUGAGAAGAACAACAAGCAACUUCAGUUAACUAGAGACAUAAAACAUGACAUUUUAGAAAAGCUAGCAUCUGUGAUGUAUGGCUACAAGGCUUAUCCCAGUGAUAAGGAGAUAGCAAUGGUAGCUGAGGCUCUUGUGGUAAAACAUCCUUGCUUGAAAGAAGCAGGAUCUCAGACUGGCUGGAAUGGGUGGAAAAAUAGCCUCAAAUUUAAGAUGGGGAACUAUAGGAGCAAGAUGAGAAGGGCUGGAUGUCCAGAGAUCACUGUAAAUGCUGGAAAAAGGAUUGCAAUGAAUCCUGACAAUGAAUCUUCACAUUCAAAUAUUAAAAGACCCAAACGAGCAGAAGUAAACUUUUUGCCCAACUUUCCCCAAGGAGAAAAUCCCUCAACUCUUGAACAGUUGAGACAGAAAAUUGUUGAUGAAAUGAAGAAAGCUGAGAAGAACUUACCACUUAUAAAAAAGAUGAUGCAAACCACCUUUGCUCUGCGGCGACAGACCAUAGUGAAGACAUGCCCACCAGUAAAAGAGCUCAUGGAACUCUGGCCUGCACUCAAAAUGGAAUCUGAGGUGUAUGCAGAGUUCCAACGGAUUACAAACGAGAACCUGCCCAACACAUUCUACUCUGAGCUUGACCGACAUCUUCCUAGACUGAUGACCCUGUUCAGACAGAAAGCAUCCAGAACCGGGAAGACAUCAGAUACUUUAACUGAAAUCCUAAGAAUCCAUGAUGACCAGGAGUUUCAUGACAUACACACCAAACGUGUCACUGUUCUUCAUGCGCUUCCUGUGUAUCUACGUGAGGACGUCUCUGGGUUUUUAAGGACCUGCAUGGACACAUCUGAUGAGCCAGAGCUUUUAGAUGUUGCAGUGGCCCUCCUCACAGUCAUCAAAGAUAAUGACACAAGUCCAGUUCACUUCCAGCCUGUGAAAAUCUCUGUUGUCAUCGAAAGUGAGAUUGUGGGCAGCCUCUCCAGAUUUGCUGAUGCCUUCCUGGUAAUGUUUGGACUAAUCUAUGCACUACACCUCAACUAUCCCAGGGGACUGACCAACACUUUUGAAUUCAUUCAAAAGAUUUUGCUUGGUCUUGAUGAGGGUAAACUGUCACCCAAGUUACAGAGUCUCAAAAAUGACUUGAUGUGUAUGUAGAAAUGUAUUGGAAAAAUUACUAAGGCCUGGCAGUUCCUCAGUAGUUCAAUGUAAAAACAAUUUGUGAAAAUAAUGGUUGAAAGGUUUUUGCACUUUUUUCCCCCAAAAUGUGCACAGUGUGCAUUUAUUAAUGUGCAGUUUUCAUUUCUAAAUGUUAUUUGUGAUUUUAAAACAGCUCUUGUUCUUUACAAUUGUUAAGUACAGCUGGGUAGUACUUGGUAACAAUGCAUGUAAUUUAGUUUUAAAUGGUUCAUGUUUUUGUAAAAGUUCAUGCAGGUUUGUGAAUUUGUAAUGUCAGAGAUGUGGUCUUAAUCAGUUUUUCAGGUUUUAUCAUAGUGCACCUUUUUUCUGUCUUUUAAAUGAAGUGUUAAAUAGGAAAGGACAAGAACUCAGCACACUGUAAUUUUAAACUGUUUAAGUUUGUUGAACUUAAAAUAUUUGAGGCAACGAGUUACAUCAAAAAAAUUAGUUUUGAUUCAUAUGAUUUUGAGUCUUGUGUUUUAAAAGGUUUGAGUAACUUGUACUUAAAACACAAAGACAAAGAUACUAAUAAAUAAUGAGUUCAUUCAACUUAAAA